UAGCAGUUAAGUGUGAAGAACAAUAAAGAGUGGGCUAAUCAGUUUUAGGGUACAUUAGAAGAACAUUAUUUAGAAGUAUUCAGUUGAAAAAACUGACAGUGAAGGCAGUUAAGUGUGAAGAACAACAAAGACAAUAAAGAGUGAGCUAAUCAGUUUUAGGAGCACAUUAGAAGUAUUCAAAAGACUGAUAACAUUAGUUUGUAUGAGAAGAAAACUGACAACAAACAGAAAACUACUGUUGGAUUAGAAGAAUGUAUUUCAAGUGAGUUUGCUAGUUGAGUAAAUGGAAAAUAAACUUACAUUGGUUCCGCUGUUGUUUGGCGCUGCCAUAGGCGAGGAUUGAUCUGAUGACAUCGUUGUAGUGUUGUUGGAGUUUCAAACUGAUACUAACAGAAGGACGCAGUUUUUCGUCAUUAUAUAUUAUCAACUUGAUGAAUAUAGAUGGUAAGAAGUUGAAAGAAAGUAUAUCUGUUUUGUGCAUAUGUUGUAUGCGAAAUUUAGUACAGAUGUGCGGAACACUGAUAAGGAAACGUUUGCAAAUUUCUUAAGGAACGGCCAAAAUGUGUGCACCUUGCAUGACUCUGUAACGGACCUAACAUCUGCUAGCCGAGUGAAAGAUAUUAAUUUAUUCAUUGUGCAGUGCACAUGCAUACUUAUAUAAUUAUUGCAACCCCCACAUGUUCUGCGUGAUAACAAACUGACAGUUGAUGGUACCGAGCGGCGCAAAAUUAUAAAAGCAUCGAGCGACAUGAUAUUGCUUGCAUUCGAUUAUAGUGUGACGUUUCAUGCACAGUGCAAAUGGACAAGCAACAAUCCGAUAAAGCAGCGGCUGCGACAACAAGCGAAGAAGCAGCAGUCACACCAACAAACAACACCCUGGUUGAGUCGAUAGCGCACGACAAGGAGGUGGAGGUGGAAAUGGCAAGUGAGGAAUGGUGCGUGGUUGACAGCAGCGAAUCGCCGCCGCCAAAACGUGUGCACUUUUCCACAGCGUGCGAUACGCCAAAACGUGGCGGACGGGGCCGCGGCAUUUAUUUUGCCGAUCAACGACGCGUCAUCGCUCAGGGCAGAGGCCGGCAAAUUGAUGUGGCCGGUGUGAGCGCGGACUCAUCAUUGUCCAGUCGCAAUAGUGGUCAGCAAGCGGAAGCAUCAUCAUCGUCACUGAUUCUGCUAGAUGUGACGAACUCAUCGCAGCCGAGGAUCGUGAACGCUACUAAAAUCGACAACGAAGUUGAAAACAUUGACCCGCAGCAAACAAGCUCUUCACAGCGGUAAGACGGCAAAAACCUAUUAUUACUAAUACUAUUACUACUACUAGCAAAAUCAAAAAACUAUGGAUUAUACUAUUGAACGAAGUACUAGCAUAAAUUCGUGUGCAGUUCGCUACAGAUUUGUUUUUAGAAAAUUAUUCAUCGAUGUUGUUCAAACAUUAUUGCAAAUUUUAAAGCCAAAAGUAAUUGAAUUAAUUGUUGAAGAAAGUGAUAAUUUUGACAAAAAUAUUAAAUGGUAUUUUGUUACAACUGUUCAAUUGAAAAAAGUAAAUGUUGAUAGCGGCAGCAGCGAUCAAUCGCAACAAGAAGAAAUCGUUGAAACUAUGACAAACGCAUCGUUUUACAGUUAUACGUCAUUGUUAAUUAAUGUUGAUGAACAAUUAGAUAUUUUGCAAGACCAAUUUAUUAGUGGUGUAGAGAAAAUUGAAUCAACGCUUGAUAAAUUUAUUAGGUACGGCAGUGGUUGGACUGUAGUUAGCAUCAUUUCAUUUGAUUUGAAUAUUACUCGUUACAAUCCUUUAGCUGGCGGAAAUAGUACAUACAUUGAAACACCUGCUUUUAUAAAAGCAAAAAGAGCCGUUAUAAAUGUAAAAAACACAAAUGAUAGUAAAUGUUUUGUAUGGAGUGUACUUAGCUAUUUUCAUUACAGACGUAGAAAUAUGAAUGUUGACUAUCUGAUGCAAUUUGAAAAUAAUCUAAAUUUGACCGGUAUUAAGUUUCCUACUACAGUGCAUGACAUUAAAAAAUUUGAAGUGCAAAAUUUAAACAUUUCUAUAACAGUGAUUGCUUAUGAUGCUGCUAAAAAAAAGUUUUUCCCGUACCGUUGUUCAAUUUAUAGACAACGCGAACAUAAAAUCAAUCUUCUACUAUUGUCAAAUGAUACAACGCCGAAAAAAUGGCAUUAUGUUCUGAUAAACACGCGUCAAGGGUAUAACGGAUUGUCACGGCUACUGAGUCAUCACUUGUCUUUGCAUAAUGGUCAAGUGUUCAUUUGUCCAUAUUGUUUUAACAAAUUUACAACUAACCGGCAUGCAAAUUGCGAUGGAAAAACCAAUCUAGAAAAACAUAUGGAUUUGUGUUCAACAUUUGCAAUACAAAGAACAGUACUACCUAAACAGGGUGAAAUGUUAAAGUUUAAAAAUUUUUCGUACACACUAAAAAAUAAGUACAUUGCAUUUGCCGAUUUUGAAAGUUUUAUUGUACCAACAAAUAACGGUGAGGAGGAGCUCGAUGACGAUGAUGAAAAUGUUGAUGAUUUGCUCGGAACUGAUAUAGGAAAUAGCUUUACAAGGAAAACACAAAAACAUGUUGCUUGCGGCUAUGCGUUUAUUAUUUUAGACGAAUCAGGUGAAAUAUUCUACGGCCCACGCGUUUAUAGAGCUACAAGUGUUGGCGAGAAAAUUAUUGAACAAUUUCUUGAUGAGAUCAUUGCCAUAGGUCGAAACUGUUCCAUUGAUAUGCAACAAGAAGUGCCCAUGAUUGAAUUAAAUGAAGAACAAUUAUUAGCUUUUAACAAUAGUACAGUAUGUUUCUUGUGCAACGAUGAAUUUAAAGCCAACGAAAUUCGUAUUAGGCACCAUUCUCAUACAACAGGCCAUUAUCUCGGUGCAACGCACAAGUCAUGUAAUUUAAAUGCAAAAGCACCAAAACUAUUAAACUGUUUUUUUCAUAAUUUUCGCGGAUAUGAUAGUCAUUUCAUUGUUAAGGCAUUAGCAGGACGAAAGGAGAAAAUUGAUUGUAUUGCAAACUCAUUGG